CCAGGUGUCUGCCCACUGUAAAAUGAGGAUACACGACUUUCGAAAUGUAGUUCCCCACUUUUUGCGCGAGGAAUGGAUAGUAGUACAAUUAUCGUGCUUAACUAUACUAAGAUGUUAACACUUGUACUGCUGAUCCUGUUUCAACCAGGAGAGGGAGGUACCUCACCUAUCUCCUGCUAUAAUGAUCAAGGCGAAGCUGCUGACUGGUUUUAUCUCUACAAACUCCCUCAUAUUGAAGAGAACAAUGAUGGACAGAGAUAUCUUCUAAUGGACAAAGGGAGAGCGGGAUGGAUGGAUGGACAAGGUUCGGUGAAUGACAGCGUUGGAGCCCUGGGGCGCACAGUGGGACAGCUGUACGACCAGGGAAAGAAUGGUGACAUUGCAUACAUUCUGUACAAUGACCAGAGGCCACACACAGAGGAAAAACGACAGCUUGAUGACCUUGGACACGAGUGUGGCCAUACUAAAGGUGUUGUCUUAUUGGACAAAACACAGGGCUACUGGCUGGUCCAUAGUACCCCUCAUUUCCCCCCUGUAAAGGACGUGGGGCAAUACUCCUACCCAGAGAGUGGUGUGCCGAAUGGACAGAACUUCAUCUGUGUGACCUACCCCCUUGAAUUCUUUCAGACCAUUGGAGAGCAGUUGCAGAUCAACCAGCCCAGUGUGUAUGAUUGUGACGUCCCUGAUUCCUUGGCCUCUCUGUUGCCUGCAUUGAAUGCUGUCUGUAAGAAGAGCAGAGAGCAACUGGUCAAUGGCAGCUUCCUGCACAGCAAACCAGCUUCCAAUCGUAGCAUCGCUCUCACUUCAUUGGGUGGCACUGAGUUCAUCAGCUUUGCCAAGGGGCGAUCAUUUAAAAAUGACCUGUACCAUUCCUGGGUGGCUCCCUCCCUCCAGUCAAACCUCCUGGUCCAGUUCUGGAUCCGCUCCACUGGCAUCCUGCCCUCUAACUGCACCCUGGGCUGGAAGGUCCUGAACAUCAAGGUCAUCUCCCUGGGUGAUAGGGUCACCUUUGGGGUCGCCAAAGACCACUCCAAGUGGGCGGUGAGCACCACCGGAGGCGGGUUGGAUGGAGCUGCUGGCUGGGUGUGCGUGGGCGACAUCAACCGCGACGAGGCGGAGGAGAGUAGAGGGGGCGGGACCGUGUGUCUGCAGGAUGCCGCGGUGUGGAAGGCCUACAGGACCGCAGCCGUGGACUGCGAGAUGUGCGACGGAGAGACCAGCAAGUGUGACGUGACGGCGGGGGGGCGCAUGAACGGGUACGCCUCAGUUGCACCCCGCGUGGCCACGUAAACCAAGUCUGGGCACGGUUCAGUGGGCAGCUUGGUGUGCUUGUAUUACCGAGAGUCAUGUUGAGGUCUUCCCAGUGUUUCAUGAAUGUGGUAGGGUUUGAUAAUCUGGCGUGACAAGAACGCGAUGAUGUCGUGUGAAUGGGAAUGCUAAGUGCUGAUGGGUUGGUUUUCUGUUGUUGUUAAUGAAUUUAGGCGUGUUGAUCUGGAUUUCAGGGGUUUUUUUUAAAAUAAAUUUUAUGUGGAAUUGUU